CAUUUCCUAUUUCUCGAAGGAGGAUCCUCGAGCUAGCAAGAGAUAGUGUGUGGUUUCUAUGUAUUAUUUCGGCUAAGUCGUGAGAAUAACCUUCUCUUCUCUCCCUCUCUCUCUCUCUCUCUCUCUCUCUCUCUCUCUCUCUCUCUCCUUCCUUUUUUUAGUAGAAGGAAUUUUCAGACUCUCGAAAGGCCUAUUUCUGCUAUUCCUUUCCCUUUUAUUACCCCAAAUCCUCUCUCCUGUAACUAUAAUAUCCUCACGUUCCCCAGAUUUACCCUUAGAUAUCUCCCUCCCUCUCUCUCUAUCUCUAUCUCUCUAUCUCUCUCUCUCUCCAUAAAAGCUCUCUUUCUCUCUUUCUCCUUCUCCUUCUCUUCUUAGAAAGAAGAAAAAGGAGAGAAAAUCUGAGAUGGGGAGAGGUCGCGUAGAGCUGAAGAGGAUCGAGAACAAGAUCAACCGCCAGGUCACCUUCUCCAAACGUCGCAACGGUCUUCUCAAGAAAGCUUACGAACUUUCCGUUCUCUGCGAUGCUGAGGUCGCUCUUAUCAUCUUCUCCAGCCGCGGCAAGCUCUACGAGUUCGGCAGCGCUGGCACGAACAAAACGCUUGAGCGAUACCAAAGAUGCUGUUACACUCCUCAAGAUGUUGUCGUUUCUGAUCGCGAAACACAGGGAUGGUAUCAGGAAGUGUCCAAGUUGAAGGCAAAAUAUGAAUCUCUGCAGCGCUCACAAAGGCACCUGCUAGGAGAAGAUCUUGGACCACUGAGUGUGAAAGAAUUGCAGCACCUAGAAAGACAACUCGAAGUUGCCCUUUCACAAGCAAGGCAAAGAAAGACACAAAUAAUGAUAGAGCAGAUGGAAGAGCUUCGCAAAAAGGAACGUCAACUUGGGGACAUAAACAAGCAGCUUAAGAUUAAGCUCGAAGCCGAAGGACAAGGCCCAUUCAGAUGCAUUCAAGGUUCCUGGGAAUCUGGAGCCAUGGUUGGAAACAACACCUUUUCUAUAAAUGCACCUCAAGCUGCUCCCAUGGAGUGUGAACCCACCUUACAAAUAGGGUACCACCACUUUGUUCCUCCUGAAGCAAACAUUCCGAGGAGCGUAGCUGGCGAGAGCAACUUCAUCCAGGGGUGGGUCCUUUGAACCAUUCAAACAAAAUAAACAAACAGACUCAAACAAUAUGAUUGGUAUGAACUUAAUACUAUAGGAUAUGUAUAGUUAUUUCGAUACUUGUGAUAUCAAUAUUUGCAUGAAUCUGGUCCAAACUUUAGUGGGCCUUGACUACUGUACUUUUGCCAUCUUUUUAUAUAAAUUAUUAGCUAUUGGUGGUGUAGAA